UUUGAUUUGAAGGCCCGCGAGGCCGGUGUUGUUCGCGCGGGCAAAUCGCCGCUUGCGGCCGCGGGGCGGAGAGCCUCGGCGGUGCGGGGGCGGGUCCGGCCCGGCAAAGCCCAGCCCGGGGGUUCGGUGAAAGUGCGGAAAGGAAUCGAACGCUCCCGAGCAGGACGGAGAAUGGCGUCGCUGAAUGAGAGGUCCGUGUGGGAUGAGGUGGAGGAUGGCAUUGGUGAAGAGGUGCUUAAAAUGUCCACUGAGGAGAUUGUUCAGCGUACACGUCUGCUGGAUAGUGAGAUUAAGAUUAUGAAGAGUGAGGUGCUGAGAGUCACACAUGAGUUGCAGGCCAUGAAGGACAAAAUCAAGGAGAACAGUGAGAAAAUCAAAGUGAACAAGACCCUGCCAUACCUGGUAUCUAAUGUCAUUGAGUUACUGGACGUUGAUCCAAAUGACCAGGAGGAAGAUGGCGCAAACGUUGAUCUGGAUUCCCAACGGAAAGGGAAAUGUGCUGUGAUUAAAACAUCCACCCGUCAGACAUACUUCCUGCCUGUGAUUGGACUGGUCGAUGCUGAGAAGCUAAAGCCUGGUGACCUGGUGGGUGUGAACAAAGAUUCCUACCUGAUCUUGGAGACUCUGCCAACCGAGUACGACUCUCGGGUCAAGGCCAUGGAGGUGGAUGAGCGACCAACUGAGCAAUACAGUGACGUUGGAGGUCUGGACAAGCAGAUCCAGGAGCUUGUUGAAGCCAUUGUCCUCCCUAUGAAUCACAAGGAGAAGUUUGAGAAUCUGGGAAUUCAGCCUCCAAAGGGAGUUCUGAUGUACGGACCACCAGGAACAGGGAAGACCUUACUGGCGAGAGCUUGUGCUGCACAAACCAAAGCUACCUUUCUGAAACUGGCAGGCCCGCAGCUGGUGCAGAUGUUUAUUGGCGACGGUGCAAAGCUUGUUCGGGAUGCUUUUGCUUUGGCCAAAGAGAAAGCCCCAUCCAUCAUCUUCAUUGAUGAACUGGACGCCAUCGGCACAAAGCGGUUUGACAGUGAAAAGGCUGGUGACCGUGAAGUUCAGCGAACAAUGUUGGAGCUGCUCAAUCAGUUGGAUGGUUUUCAGCCAAAUACCCUUGUCAAGGUGAUUGCAGCCACCAAUCGAGUUGACAUCCUGGAUCCAGCUUUGCUGCGCUCCGGCAGACUUGAUCGGAAGAUCGAGUUCCCGAUGCCCAAUGAGGAGGCGCGAGCAAGGAUUAUGCAGAUUCACUCCCGGAAGAUGAAUGUCAGUCCUGAUGUGAACUAUGAGGAGUUGGCUCGAUGUACUGAUGACUUCAAUGGAGCUCAGUGCAAGGCAGUGUGUGUGGAAGCGGGGAUGAUCGCUUUGCGUAGAGAGGCCACUGAGCUCACGCACGAAGAUUAUAUGGAGGGCAUCCUGGAGGUUCAGGCCAAGAAAAAGGCCAACCUCCAGUACUAUGCCUAGGAGCUAGGCCUGUUGUUAUACCACUUUCCUGUACAAUCCCUGGAGCUGGAUUCAAUAAAGUGAUUGCUUAUCCUGUGU